AUGGAUUCGAACUCAUUCCCAGACCCGCCGACAUUCAUCGACGGCCGAGCGGCGCGAUUACCGUUCCGCCCUGCAUCGACCCCAGCACGAUUCAUGCCAGCAAGGCCGAAUCGGCGAGGCGCAUCCGGCGUUUGGCCAGCUAGCCGUAUAGAGGAAGCUGCAGACCGAACCGACAGGAUCAUCCAUCAACUGUCGAUGCAGGCACUGACCUCGAAUUCCUACGAGGAGAUUUCGGUGAUCGUCGAACAACUGGAAGAGGAGUUGGACUGGUUUCGGGAUACAGUUCGAACUGAGGCUGCAAGUAGGAAUCGGGAGAUUAAUAUGGACGAAGGGGACCGUGUACGACGGACUAUGCAUAAAGGUGCGGAAGCCAUUAACUCGCUCACGGCUAACCUCGAUCGUAUGGAGGCUCGACGUGUAAAACGCGAGCUCGAGACGAGGUCCCCGACUGCUAGACACGCUACGACGCAUCCGCUGGGAGAACGACCUGCCACCCCACGUCCGUCGCACGAGUCGAACCCGUCAUCGCGGGCUAUUCCUAGUCCACCCGAUAUUCGCCCCAACGUUCAACAUGACGUUGGCGCGCAGAUCGACCCGGUGCAGAUGCCUAUUGCGGAGCCGGCUCCCAUACCAAUAGCAGCUCGACAGCCGCCACUCGGACUGCCAGGACUACCGCAUCCCCCGCCAACCGGGGACUAUCGCAUGGAGCGUAUCCACCCGUACACGAGCGCUCUUUGGAGAAAUGCUGGGUUCGUUCGGUAUUUCCCUAUGACUGGACAAACUGGCGCAGAGAACGCCAACGCUGCUCAGGAUCAUAGUACUACGGCGAGGACAGGAGGAGCCGCCCCGGCAGAUGAGCAAGGCUCGCGCCGAGGAGCAGAGCCCCCGCCCGCUCCAGUAAAUACACCAAUGGACCAAAUCCCAACUCAACGAAGUGGGAUUGGCCAUCUGGGUCCGGCAGAAUGGACGCAAUGCAUUGGCGAUACGGGCAUGGUAUCGGACUGGCAAACAGAUCCUGUUAUUCAGCGAUCCAUUGGUAAACUGUUUGCUCCCCGUCAGCCGAAUGAAGAUCAGGCUACGUUUGAUGUCAGCCAACACCCCGAAAUCGACAGCGUGACCAGAGCCAGCAUAGAGUGCGGCCCGACGAAUUCACUGUCGAUUACGACGCUGCUCAGAAUGGACGGAACGUAG